UCCUCCGCCUCCUCUUCCUUCGUCCCUCUGCUAUCCGUCGAAAGAGCAGAAGGCUUUCGAUCCCUUUGUCCUUCGACUCCCCAUCGGACCCGAUCUCGGGUGCUCCGUCUCCAUUCUCGAAGCUCUGAUCAUUGGGCUAAGAAAGAUCUGGGGAUUGGAGGGCGGAACGAACGACGACGAGGGUGGAAGGUCGACGCGAUCGGAGGUAGGAGUCUCUUCCAUUGGAUGCCUUGGCGGAUCCCAUGCCGUCGAUUUGAUCGUCGAAGUCCGAAGUAGAUGUUCCGUAAGAACGACUCGGCCUUGUCCUGCUUCUAUCUCUUCUUGCUCUGGUUCUUCUUCCUAAAAUAGCGAGGAAGGAUCCGAACCCUAAGCUGCGACGAGUGCUUUGCGAUGGGGAAGAGGUCGAACCGGAUCGAGGACGAGUUUCUUGGAGGAGCGAUGUUGGACCUCAACUUGGCGUCUUCCAGCGAGCACUCUGGCGCCGGGCAGGUGGAUGAUUCCAGGAGUUCCAAUUCGUCGGGCCUCAACGCCGAGGUGAUGGUCGAUGUGAUCGACGAGGAUUACUGCUCCACCCAGCCUGCCGCUGCCUUCGAAUUCAGUAUCUUGAAGAGCUGUACGUCGGGUGAAGGCGGGAAUGAAGUCGAAGAGGAGAACGAGGACGAUCGGCGACAACCUGGUCUAGUCACGAGGCAGCUGUUUCCACCACCGCCGGUGGUUCCGCAUGUUUCCCAACUGCCCAUGGUUGCUUCUUCCUCGUCGUCAACCAGGCCGCAUUGGUUGGAUUUUACGUUCUCGCAUGCCGAGGCACCAACGGAGUUGAGAGUUAUCCAUAAGCAGCAGCAGCAGCAACAACAACAACUACAACCGCAGCAGCAGCAACAACAACAACCACAACCGCAACAGCAGGUGAAGAGGAGUCGAAGGGGGCCACGGUCUCGGAGCUCUCAGUAUCGAGGAGUUACCUUCUACCGCAGGACAGGGAGAUGGGAAUCUCACAUCUGGGAUUGCGGCAAACAAGUUUAUUUGGGUGGUUUUGACACGGCUGAUGCUGCCGCAAGGGCAUAUGAUCGAGCUGCGAUUAGAUUUCGUGGAGUUGAUGCUGACAUCAACUUCAAUCUCAGCGACUAUGAAGAAGAUCUGAAAGAGAUGAAAAAUCUACCAAAGGAAGAAUUUGUGCAUGCUCUUCGUCGCCAAAGCACUGGGUUCUCGAGGGGAAGUUCAAAAUAUAGGGGAGUGACUCUUCACAAGUGUGGUCGCUGGGAAGCUCGCAUGGGGCAAGUCCUUGGCAAGAAGUACAUAUAUCUUGGGUUAUUCGACAGCGAAAUAGAAGCUGCAAGGGCUUAUGACAAGGCAGCUAUAAAGUAUAAUGGAAAGGAGGCUGUUACAAAUUUUGAUCCAAGUACCUACGAAGAAGAACUACUUUUGGAGGGUGAUAAAGAAGGCCAUGAUAUGGAUCUGAAUUUAAGGAUUUCGCAACCUGCUGUCCACAAUCAGAGGGGGAAUCAAAAUCCAACGUGUGUUCAAUUUGAAGCUUCUGAUGCUGACAAAGCAAGACAGGAUGAGACAGAAGAGCUCUGAGUAGGUUGGUUCACAAGCUCUCACUGUUUCCGUCUGCAGCAUCACCAGGAUGCUGCUCUUUAUCAACAGCAAUGACCAGCUUAAACAACCCAUGGUCUCCGUUUCUCCCCAGAAGCUGUUUCAGUCUCGGUGCAAUGUUGCAGACAAAACAACAGUGAACAUGCUGUAAACCUAUCAACAGGGUAAGGCGGAGGCUCUACCCAGUUUCAAAGACACAUUACUUGACGGUGCUUGUUUCUUAAAAAUCCUUGUGGCGAGUUCAUUUUCCCUUUUGUCUUAUUUUGGACGUGUGAGGAGGAGCAAUGUUUUCAGCUCUUCCUCUUUAUGGAACCUUCACUGUUUGCUUUAGCUUCAAAAUAUUCCCUCUUAAACCAUCAACUCAGCUUCUUCAACUUGGCAAUGUCUAUGGGUGACUCUGGUUUCUCGAACUGAUCUUAAGGUUGCGUAGACCCGAGACUGCAGGUGGUCAGAUUAAUAUUAUUUGUUUGUUGGACGAUAAACUUUGACUUAUUAUUGUCGACGUUCUUGCUUCUUUUGUUGCUUAUUAUUAUUGUGUAGGUACAACAGCAAAAAGCAACAAGUGCAAGUGGACCUGUACCUGGAUAUUAAACUACUCCGCUCCCGAUCUCACAAUUGCCACUGCCUAUCUUUCAACCAUUAAAAGGAAAAGGAUAAGCCGCAAAUUAUUAGAGACGUACCACCGUUCGUCCAAACACCGCCAGAAGACUCUUCCCACAUAAGCCAAAGUUAAUUUGACAUCUGCCUUCUCGGGCUUCGUCUUCGUUCUUCCCGAGGCUCAAAGCCCACAAGUGUUACAUCCAGCAUCACUUGGAGAUUUUGUUAAUUUCCAUUAGAUUUUGUUCUCCAAGAAUCACUUGGAGAUUUAGCAAUCUUGCCAACACAACUUGUGCAAGGUUUCUUUCAUGGAGCUGCAGGUUUUCCAUUCGGCCUUACAUCAGUAGUCUUCAGGGGCGUCAUCCCUGAAUUCAGAUACAGCAAGAUCCUAACAAGUUACUGUGAAGAUAAGAAGAUACUGCAUCACCAUCAUGGUUUGGUCUCCGAUCCAACUUAGAAUACUCCCACGGCAGAAUGCAAGGCGAUGUAGUUGCCAUUACUGUGGGCUAAAAUACUGUUGUUAUACCAUGCAAUGGUGAGCAUAAGAAGAUUCCUAGGCCAUUGUCCUCGGGAAUCUUCGCUGAAUCUGAUCCCUAGACCACCUUCUGCACUGUCUUCCAGCUUUCCGAUCGAAAGCUAUGUCCUCCCCCAUUAUCUGCAUUGCUUUUAAGAAGGCCAAGCAAAAUCAUUCAAAAGCAAGCACUGGGGAAGAAAGAUCUCAACUUUUUUUUCCACCCGCGUGCACCGACCACAACCAGGAGAGAC